UGGGGUGUGCUGGUGGAGUGUUUGGACCUUGACGUUCGCUUGUGUAGUCUUUGAAAGCAGUUACUUGAGAAGACAAAACUAGGCUUUGUCUGCGGAGAGGAACUAGAAAGUCCACGUAGACAAUGAGCAUUUCCCGGUUGCCGCGGGUUAUUUCAGGUUAUGCCCAAGUGCGUCUGGCCUGGUCACGGGUGAUGGGGUUUUGCGUCGCCAAAACAGGCUUGUAUCUCUGUUUGGUUGUAUAGAUAUCAGCUACAAGCAAGCAAACAAACAAACAAAAAGCAGAUAGCUUCUUAAAUCUACUUUAUAUCAAUGCAAGAAAAGGAAGCAUUUAUCUGACAACCUUUGCUUAACAUCCAACAGUAAAACUACUAACACAUUCCCUAUAGCACAGUAUUACUUCCAGAAAAGGUGGUCUUUCCUUCUGGAGUUUAUUGAGUGUGCACGUAAGUCAGCCGAGCACGUGUUUCUGGAUCCUGUUGUUGGUUAUCCCCCAUCUGAGCAGUGUGUUUUUGCAGGGUAGGUCAGGUAAGAGCAGGCGUCUGAAACCAGGUAGUGUCAAAAGGAGGGUCAGGACCGAUGGUCCCCUCACUGCUUUCUUUAGCAGGAAUUCAUUACUUCUGGCUACCAUUAGGCAUAUUGUGUAAUUGUUUCUGUGGAAACCUCUAACAAGUUUAGCACAUAAUGAAGUUACUUCUUAGUAAUAAAAUAACUAAAAUUUGCAGAAACACAAAUGUUCAAAAUGCUAGUACAGCAAAUAAUGUUGCUCUAAUGUAGUUGCUUUUAUUCAAAAGAGGGAGGUUUGAUUUUCGUAAAGUCUAAAUGCCAUUUAACGACUAGCCCAACCUAGAAUUCUGUAGAAAAAAUAACAUGCAGUUUUAGCAUGCACUACAUUUGUGUGUUAUUCAGUGUAAAACUUGCAGCAUAUUAGUGACAUCAAGAAUUAUUCGAAUGCUGGAAAUGAGGGGACACACUUGAAAAACAUAACUGCUAAUCUGUUUGGGUUUUUUUUUAAUGUCUUUGCCCAUAUCGGGUGUUUAAAGCACCAACACAGGCUCUAUGCUAAUGUGAAAGCUCCCAUUUCAGUUAGAAAUUAAUUGGAACCUGUGAUAUUUUAAUACAUGUUGAAAUAGUAGAUAGUAAUUUCUAACUCGGGUUUUAUAAAAGGUUGUGAUUUGAUAUAUCUAGCCUACAGUUAAGUGGAUUAAGCAGGUUGUAAACAACAACAUUCAGAAGGGGCAGGACAAUGGACCCAGGAAGCCUUUGGGAAUAUGUGAAAUACCCUCUUCAUCUCCCGGCUAAUGUCAGAUGGUGAUAUUAUUUCUGCUGGGACCACUGUAUUUCUGUUUUUGUUUACCUGACAUAACCCUUAUAUGUCUUCCAUUGGACCUGGAAAGAUCUGGGUGUUUUCACCUCCCUUUAACUACGGUAAAAAUUGAAUGUUUGGCCCUUCUGCUGGGGGCUUAGAACCUUGCUGUACCCCUGCUCCUAGCACACGAUGAGAGGAGGCAUUUCCUUGCUACUAGUCCCUCAUGCACAAAGCAGGAUACAGUCUAGCCUAAUAUUUGUUAAUCCAUAAUUGCCUGCCUAAGUUCUGUAUAGUGAAAAAUAUAAUGUGUUUUUGUAUGGAUAAACCGUCUCUGUUGCUGCAAAUAUUUGCUGCUGCAAACUGUUACUGCACAAGUGUGGGAGGGUUUGCCUGAUUUGCUGCUGAUUUGUAUGGUGAGUGACAGCUUUGGACAAAAUCCAAAUCCUACAUUAAUAUUAAUUUAUUGAUGUAAAUUAAUGCAGAACAAACAAUAAUCAGCAGCUAGCUCAACAACUGUAGUAAGCUGUCCACUCUAGCCAUAGGAUUCUUAUUUCGAAGAUACCUGAUAGACACUUGACAUCAUGUGUUGUUUAGAGAAAGGGAGUAAACGCUUUGCUGAGUUAUGCUUAUGUUAGGGGAAAAAAGUACGGAAAAUUUAUGGGCUUGAAAAGUGCUAGGAAAAAAAUUAGGUGAGGCUCUUUAAUAGCUGUUUACUGGUUUUUGUAACAGAAGAGGAGAGGCUGUCAUUGGCAAAGAUCUGAAAAAAAGUAUUCUGAGUACUAAUUCUAGUUUGAAAUAAGCAGAAGCAUGUAGCAUCAGGGUAUUUUUUAUGGAACUAUAACUAAGGGAAGUUAAUAACUGUAUAACCUGUACACUUGGUGCGUUUACUUACUUCUAUUAAUUAAAUGUACUUUGUAUUGUGUGCCUCAUUUAUUACAUUGUGUCAUAUUUGCUGUGGCUGCCGGGGAAGGCAAUGAAGAUGGGUGCUCAUCUAACAGGUGCUCCACUCCCUUUGUUCUUUGUAUACACAUAUUCAAAUCACAUAAGGCAGGGGACAGGAUAGGGCCUGUUAACUCAUUGCUGAUUUCCCUAGCAAAUAAACCAGCUGCAGGUCCAAGCCCUGGAUUAGUGCUGAGGAGAAGGUGGCAUUUGUGUGGGACAGGAUGCUUUCAUGGAGCCCCUUAGCCAACUUCUUUUGGGACUUAGAGUGCAGAAUAUAUUUUCUACUUGUAGGUAUUUGUUCUGCCUUAAAGUUGACAGUACCAUCUCAUACCAUCCAUGGUAUUGAGGGACAACCACUUCAUCUUACUGUUGACUACAAUUUCAAUGCUACAGCUUCUGAAAUCCAGAUAAUUUGGCUUUUUGAGAGGCCUCAGAGUAAUCCAAAAUACUUGCUUGGCUCUGUAAAUCAAACAGUAGUUCCAGAUUUGGAAUACCAGCACAAGUUUACCCUUGUACCACCGAAUGCCUCUUUGAUGAUCAAUCCAUUGCAUAUCAGUGAUGAGGGCAAUUAUAUUGUAAAAGUCAAUGUCCGUGGAAAUGGGACAAUAGCUGCGAGUCAAAAGAUUCAAGUAGCUGUUGAUGUUCCAGUCACAAAGCCGACUGUACAUACUGAACCAUCUUCAGGAGUAGUGGAAUAUGUAGGAAAUAUUACCCUAAAAUGUACUCUGGGUAAAGGUACAAGGGUAACUUACCAGUGGAUGAAAAAUGGGAAGCGUCUCCAUGCUGGCCCUAAUUAUACCUUUUCAUCAAACAAUGCUACACUUCUAAUUGUUCCUGUUGUAAAAGAAGACAUUGGGAAUUACAGCUGCCUAGUAUCUAACCCUGUCAGUGCAAUGGAAAGUGAGAUAAUUGCACCAACCAUAUAUUAUGGACCUUAUGGUCUUAGAGUUAAGUCAGAUAAAGGUCUGAAUAUAGGGGCAGUGUUUACAGUUGACAUGGGAGAAGUUAUACUGUUUGACUGUUCAGCAGAUUCAAAUCCACCAAAUACUUAUUCGUGGAUUCGAAGGGAUGACAAUACCACUCAUGUAAUCAAAUAUGGACCCCAUCUGGAAGUUGUAUCUGAUAAAGUGGCCCAGAAGACAAUAGAUUACAUGUGCCGUGCUUUCAACAACAUGACCGGAAGACGCGAUGAAACUCACUUCACAGUCGUGGUUACUUCUGUAGGGUUGGAAAAGCUGGCCCAGAAGGGAAAAUCUUUAUCUUCACUUGCAGUAAUAACAGGAAUUUCAUUGUUUUUGAUCCUAGCUAUGACUUUUUUAUUCCUAUGGAAAAGAUAUCAGCCACAUAAAGUGAUACAACAGAAGCUGCAAAGCAGGCCAGAGGCUGAUUACAGAAAGGCACAGGCAUUUUCAGGACAUGAAAGUGCUUCAGAUGAUUUUGGGAUAUAUGAGUUUGUCGCUUUUCCUGAUCUUGCCAGUGGUUCUAGGGUUUCAAGUCAAUCUGUUCCUGGCUCUGACUUUGUCCCAGGCCAGGAUAUGCUUAAUACGGUUUAUGAAGUUAUUCAGCAUGUUCCUGACCAGCCGCAACAAGACCACCAACAGUCUUCCUUCUCAAUUCUCUCACUGACACAUGACCCCUCUGAAAAAAGGAAUAAAUGCAACAAAAAGAUGUAUAUGAAGACAUGGGAACAGGAAAUCAAAGCAUCUGCAAGUACUUCUUUUUCUUUAUAACAUACUGAAAGGAAAUGCCAACAACUCCAAGAAUGGCAAAGGCUUUUGCCACCUUUGCUUGAAAUAGCAAUUUUUCUUCAGACUGACAGUCCCUUUCCUUGGGGUGUUCCAAACUGUCCAUUUCUUAAUUUUUUUCUUUUUUAAAGUAAUAAUUCCCUGAAAAAUACACGUAUUUUUCAUUAAUUUCUUUUCCUUAUUGGUGAACAGAAGACAAAGAGACAGCUUUAAAAAUGCAGUAUAAAACCUAUAUAUUUUAGUAAAAUGAUCAGUAGAGGCGCAAAAAGAAAUCAGACCCAAGAUGCCAUCCUCACUUGUUUAUCAAAAAAAUGGCAAAAAUUGCAUAUGAGAGUUUUUCAUUGGUGUUGACUUUUACAAGAAUACUACCAUGAAAAGUAAUAAAUGCAAUAUGACAGAUUGCAAAAUACAUUUGAGUUUUAAAAUAGUCUUUUAACUCAUUUAAUGUGACACCGUAUUUUAAUUUACAAACAUAGAAGCUGAUCUGUCAGGCAGUUAGAAUUUAAAAAUGUACAUAUGUAUAUUAUUCAAAAUAAUGUGUUCUCAUUAAAUUCUGUUUCCUUU